CUUCACUCUCUUUCUUCAAUUAUAUAAUUAUGGGUUCAUCUUUUAUAUCCACUCCUGUUCAUUUGUCAUUUUUCGUGCAUGCAGUGAACUUUUUGUUGAAAAUAUGUCUUAGGAUAUUGCAGAAAUAAAACAGUUAGCUAUUUUUAGGGUUUUUAAAUUAUGUUAUUAGAGUCCUAUUUGACUUAUAUUUAGGAGUUAGUUCUUUUUAUUUGUUAUUUGAAUUAAACUGAUAAGUUAGUAUCUUAUUUUUCUAUUUUUAGUUAGGAAUUAUAUCUAUAAAUGCAAGUCUCUGGAUUAUUAAUAAAAUAAUUCCCUUUGAUAAUACUGCAGUAUUUUUUCUCUCAAAGUCUUUCUUUGUUAUUUUCUUAAUUUCUUUAUUAAAAAAACCAACUAUUGGUAUCUAGAGCCUUCUUCUUGAGGGACCUGUGAGUAGAAAAAUGGAUUCCGAAAAUAGUUUUUCACGAAUGGCUCCUCCUAUUUUUGAUGUUGAGAAUUAUCAACUAUGGGCUGUGGGAAUGGAAACUUACUUGGAGGCUCUUGAUCUUUGGGAUGCCGUGGAAGAGGAUUAUGAAAUUAAUUCGCUACCAAAUAAUCCCACCGUGGCCCAAAUCAAGAGUCACAAGGAAAAGAAAACCAUUAAGUCCAAAGCAAAAACAACUUUUUUUGCUGCUGUUUCGACAAUUGUUUUCACGAAAAUCAUGACUCUCACAUCACCAAAAGAUAUUUGGAAUUAUCUGAAGAAAGAAUAUGCUGGAGAUGAAAGAAUACGAGGAAUGAAGGUAUUAAAUUUAAUGAGGGAAUUCGAAUUGCAGAGAAUGAAAGAGUCAGAAACAGUCAAGGAAUACUCUGACAGAUUUCUUGGUAUUGUCAACAAGGCUCAGGAACAAAGGAGACUUAUGAGGCAAGAUGACAUGGUUGAAGGAGCAUUAGUAGCCAGCCACAAAACUCAAAGCAAAGGAGAGUACUUGGCCCUAACAGGAGACAAGCUCAGUGGAGCGGAAAUGAUGUCCUGUGGUCUUGCUACACACUACUCUCUCAGCGAAAGGCUUCCCUUAGUCGAGGAACAACUCGGAAAGCUUAUGACGGAUGAUCCUUCUGUCAUUGGAAAUUUUCUUGCAAAAUUUGAAGAUGUUGUCCAUCUGGAUCAAAUGAGUGUAUUCCAAAGGAUUGAAAUACUUAAUAAAUGUUUCAGCAAUGAGACAGUGGAGGAAAUCAUUGAUUCUCUGGAAAGUGAAACAACCAAAACAGCAGAUGCCUGGUGCAUUUCAACACUGAAGAGACUAAGAGAGGUGUCGCCGUUGAGCUUGAAGGUUUCCUUACGAUCAAUACGUGAAGGUAGAAAUCAAACUCUUGACCAGUGCAUAAUUCGUGAGUAUCGAAUGACAUUACAAGCAUUCUUUGGACAUAUUACUCGUGACUACUGCGAGGGGGUUCGAGCGCGGAUGUUGGAUAAAGAGCGUUCCCCCAAGUGGGAUCCUCCAAGCUUGGAACAUGUGACGAAUGACAUGGUAGACGAGUACUUUUCUCCCUUGACAUCAAUUGAACCUGAUUUGGAGCUACCAGUACAGCAACGGAAACCAUUUGCAAUAGGAAAGCACUAGGUUUCCAAUCAAGUAUUAUUCUCUUGGCUGAUCACAAUGCCAAAAGAAAAGUUCGCCUGUGCUUAUUCUUGCUACUGGUUUUAUUGGAUGAAUAAAAUUAAGAGAGAAUUGUUAUGUAGACUUCUCAAUGAACUUGUUGAAUUCUGAGCAUGGACAGAGAUCUGAUUGCUACUUAAACGUUCGCAGAAAUAAGCAAGCGGU